GGAGUUGAGGGUGAGCGCAGCGCUCACACAAGUGUGCCCCCCUAAGAAAACCUGAAAGUUGAGGGGCGUAAAAAUGGAAGUUCCUUAUUUUAUGUGCAGCCCAGUACACAGAUAAGCACUAAUUUCUGGGCAAUGUUUUUGUCCUUCUUCCAUCUAUAGCUGCUCCAAAUUUCCAGUGCACUUUUACCAUCUCUCUCUACUCCAAAAUUUCUCGCAAAAACUUAUCAGAAGUGGUCGCGGCAUCCAAUCAAUGGCCGACGGCGAAGCCAGAGUCAGUGCUGCAAGCGAUAUCGUUGAACUGGAGGCUAUGGGCAAGGACGGCCUCUCUUGGCACCCUUGCCAGGUCUCUCUCUGCUCUAGAGGACAAGGGAUUAGAGUGCUGUAUGGAAACAACUUGGAAGAGAUGAUUAUCAAUAAACAAGAAAUAUUUGCACGCAUUCGCGUUCGUUCCACUCCAUUAGAAGGUGAUGACUGCUCGUCCAUCAAACAAGGCGAUCAUGUGCUUGCCACUGAAAGUUUACAUGUUAAGGGUGUCUUCUAUGAUGCCCGGGUGGAAAAGGCAAUUCAUGUGAGGCACUCAAAGAGGACCCACUGCAGAUGUUCUUUCACUAUCAAAUGGCUUCACCAUACCCUUCCGGAAGAAGCAUUGACUGUCCCAGCAAGUGCAAUUAUGAAACUAGCGACAACAAGCAUCGAUCUCCAUCCAACCAUCUCUGCCUUCUUCAGCAUGCAGGAACCAUCAAAUGCUUUUGAUGCAGACAGGAAGAACUGGGAAAUGGAUAUUAAUGUGCUACUGGAGCAGCAGAUAAAGGAGAUAAGUACUUCAACAGAAGUUCCUAGGGAUAAAAUUUUGAAGGACUUUGUGUCUGGGCCCAAAGUUGAUCUGAAAGGAAAAAGUCAUGGCUGGGACAUUAAAGCUUCAUUCAGAGACCCACUUGGAGCUGUUUCUUUUCUAGAUAAAUUGGAUGGUUUCAACGGGAGUGAGAAUAAACAGCCUGUGACAUUGGGUACACCUCCAACCCCCACUCCAUCAAUCCAAGAGGAGCUCAGAGGAAACAGAUUCCUUCUCAAUCCUCUUGCAGCUCGUGCAGCUCUUGCUUCAUUAAGAUCAGAAUCUCCUCAAAGUUCACAGUUGAAAGGAGAUAUGACUGGUCAGCAUAGCACUGCCAACUUAAUGCAAAGGCCUACAGUCUGUAGCUUCUCCUCAGUUGAUUGUUCAUCAAAUGCAGAGGAUUUUUCGCUGAAAACAUCAGCUGCAAAUGUCAGGAGCAUUACGAAGAAACUGUUCCCAACAUCAAGUCCUACCCACACCGUUGAACUUUCUAAUCUGUCUUGUGGAGCACAAAUAAAUGAGAUGAAAAAGAAAAACAAGAUGGGAGAAAAGAAGACGCUGUCUGCAGACAUGAGGUUGACUCGAUCCCGAAUUCAGAGAGAUAAUGGAAUGCAUGAGACUUCACAGAUGACCAACAACAAUGAGACACAAUCAAGGUUGACAGGCACACAUAGGGUUACUCGGUCAAGAGUCAAAGGAGCAGAGAAAAUUGAAGCCAAUGACUAUCAUGGAGCAGGCAGAGAUCAUGUGCACAAUGAAUGUAUGAAAUUGGAAACUUUUCCCCACAGUGCUAUAGCUCCAGAAAAUUGUUUAUCAGAUAACCUGAAAGCAGUAGCUUCACCAAUUAAUGGUCAGAUCAGCACACGAAGGGUUACUCGGUCGAGAGACAAAAGAUUAGAGAAAACUGAAGUGAACGAAUAUAUCACAGCAGUUAAAGAUAAUAUGCUUACUGGAUGUACUAAACCAAGCACUAGCACCCAAGAUACUGUAGCUCCAAAGUUUUAUUUAUCAAACAACCAGAAAGCAGUAGCUUCAUCGCUCGAUAGUGAGACCAGUAUUCAUUCUGUCAAGCAUGCGAAAGAUGUCCAUGGAAAAGAUGGAAUCCUUGAUGUUAAUACUCAGAAGGAUUAUUUGAUUCAAGAUGCAGAGAAACACAAUAAUCCAAAAAGGCCUAAACAAUCAGCUGCUAGCAAGGUCACUGAGAACAGUACUGUGCAACUCAAACUAAAACAAAGGAAAAGAAAUUCGACUGAAUCGGAUGUUCUCAUUGAAAGGUUGUGUAUUGACAGAUCACUCACUUCACUCCAUGCCACUAAUAACAAUGAACAGUCUUCUGAGGAAGCAGAGAGUGGGAAAAGAUUUACUCGUGCUAAUACCGCUCCAAAAGGUUCAGCAGGAAGUCAUCACAGCACAAGGCACAAGUCUGCAAGUUUGGGGAAGCCGGAGACACGGUUUUCUCCCCGGCUCAGAUUUCUUCCCCGAACUCGCUCCCAACACAAAGCUUAAUCGAAUACAACUGUAGGCGCUUAACAUCUUAUAUCCACCCUAUAGGUAGGGGAUGAAAAUUUAGCCUGAAACCGACAUGCCAACUCGAGUAGACAAAGAAAAAAGGCGGGUUAGCGUUGGAAGUUUUUAGCCUGAAAUAUAAAAAGUCCGUGUGGUUCGACCCAAUUAAUUAACCGAAAAAUCUCUGAUUGCUUGCUUGUCAAACUUCAUUACAAACUGAAAAAAUAUGUUCAUUUAGGUUAAAUGUUCGUCUAACAUUACCUUUCAUGAAAUUUCUUAUUAGUUACUCUCAUCCCUCCGUCCACAAAAUAUCUUCUUAAGUUUUUAUUUUUGUUCGUUCACAAAACAUCUUUCUUUUCUUUUUUUUUGAAUAUAAUAAUUUCAUUAAUUAUCUCCAUGAAAAUUUCAUAUAUUUCGCAUAUUGUCAUUUAUGGAGCACCAUAAAAACCCAAUAAUAAUUAUCACUUUUUUUAAUUUGUGAGACUUUUUCUUCACUCACUAAAUAUACAAAUAACUUUAAUUCGUGUUCACUUCAUCGAGAAAAAUAUUUCAUGGAUGGAGGUGUUAUUAUAUAAAUUGGUGUUGAAAUAACACUUGUUUUUGUAUCUAAUACAUGGUUAAGUGUGAUUGAAAAAAUAUGAUACUCAGCUCCAUCCCGUUACUAAUGGCUUGUUUUCUUUAUUGAGUUGUCUC